GAUUCAGCAGCAGCAGCAGCAGCAGUAGUAGUACCAUCCUCAGCUUUAGCUAUUUUAGGCACCUUUUCUAGUCAGUUUCUGUGCUUCUCUAGGCCUUCCCAAAACGCAGGCACCUUCAUCCUACAAGUCUACACAAUCCCUAGCUGAUGAUAAUGACAAAACCUAUGAGGUCUUUAGUGGAGCUCUGCCAAUUCUAAGACCAUGAUCUUCACAUCCUAGCCAGUGAGAAAGACAUUCUCUCUAGGGGUAUUGGGAUUAAUUUUAUCAAGUGUAUAUAUAUAUAUGGGGAAGUUUCUUUCCCUUCCAUAGCCAAACUAACAAUGGAAUUCUUCUCUGUUUUUCCCUUGUUUCUCUGCAUUUCAUUGUGCUUGCUCUUGCUCCCUAUUCAGGGAAGGCAGCACUAUCGAUCGUUGUCUCAAAUUUCAGUCCCUCCUUCUUCAGCACCCAAGCCUAUUGGACUGUCUCAAAAUCCAAUCCCUCCAUCUCCAGCGCCGCAGCCAGCUGCUGGCCUAAGUUCUGAUUCCACUCCAGUGUUCAACGUACUGUCUUUUGGUGCUGCUGGUGAUGGUGUCGCAGACGAUACACAGGCAUUCAAGCUGGCUUGGGACACUGCUUGCCAAGCCGAAUCAGCAACACUUCUUGUUCCAAGAAGCUACUCCUUCAUGAUACAAUCUUCCAUAUUCACUGGGCCUUGUAAAUCUGGCCUGCUGUUUCAGAUUGAGGGAACUGUGAUGCCACCGGAUGGACCUGAAUCGUGGCCUAAGAAUGGCAGCAGGAGACAGUGGCUGGUGUUCUAUCGAGUCAAUGGAAUGUCCAUGCAAGGAGGUGGGCUCAUUGAUGGGAGAGGAGAGAAAUGGUGGGAUCUUCCUUGUAAGCCUCACAAAGGAAUCAAUGGGAAAACUCUGCCUGGCCCUUGUGACAGCCCAGUGGCUAUAAGGUUCUUCAUGAGCUCCAACCUGACAGUGCAAAGACUCAAUAUCAAGAACAGUCCACAGUUCCAUUUCCGGUUUGAUGCUUGCAGGGAUGUCCACAUAGACUCGCUUUACAUAAAGUCGCCUUCUCAAAGCCCCAACACCGAUGGAAUUCACAUCGAAAACACAAGCAAUGUGAAGAUAUACAACUCACUUAUCUCUAAUGGCGAUGACUGUGUAUCUAUUGGAUCUGGAACUUUCAAUGUCGACAUAAGGAAUAUAACAUGUGGCCCCAGCCAUGGAAUAAGCAUUGGCAGCCUGGGCAUUCGAAACUCCAGAGCCUGUGUCUCAAACAUCACGGUGAGGGACUCAGUGAUCAAGCGCUCUGACAAUGGCGUCCGGAUCAAAACCUGGCAAGGAGGGUCGGGAUCGGUAUCUAAGGUGACCUUCAGCAACAUCCACGUGGAGGCGGUUAGAAAUCCAAUCAUCAUCGACCAAUACUACUGCUCCAGCAAGGCCUGCUCCAACCAGACUUCUGCAGUCCAUAUCACUGACAUCUUGUAUUCCAACAUCAAGGGAAGCUACGACAUCAGGAGCCCACCUCUGCGUCUGGCCUGCAGCGAUACAGUUCCUUGUACAAACCUCACGUUUUCGGAUUUGGAGCUUCUUCCAGCUCAAGGCCAGAUCUUGGAGGAUCCAUUCUGCUGGAAUGCCUUUGGAGUUCUUUCAACACUUACCAUUCCUCCAGUUUAUUGCUUGUUAGAGGGCGUUCCUCCUUCAACGCUGCAAUAUGAUGCUGCUCAAUGCCUUUGAGUUCAUCAAUUUCCAUCAGUUUAGCUUUACCAUAUAUAUGCAGAUGAGAGGAAAGGACAGAAGCAGAACUAAACUUUCAUUUUAUCAAACCAUUGGAUUACAAAUUAAUAAGAAUAUACAUAUAAACUUGUAUUGUUUUUCCUGCCAUCAUCUUCAUUUUGUCUGGCUCAUUCAAAUGAAAUUUUCUAUCGCGGUGGCUUACAGUUUGAAGAA